GUCGUGAGUGGUUACGAUUUCUUUCUUCAAUUUUCGUAAACUUCUAGGGAAGGAGAGGGGAGAUAGGGAAGUGGGAAAGGGGGAAACCCUAGAUUCGAUCUCCAUUCGAUUUGGUUCGUUCUCGAAUCGAAGCGAUGGUGUUCUACUUCAAAGCCCGACCUGAUGCUGGCGACUACACCAUCUUCAUGGGGCUUGAUAAGUUCGAGAACGAGGAGCUCAUCAAGUACGGCUUCCCCGAAGACGUCUGGUUUCAUGUGGAUAAAAUGUCGUCAGCUCAUGUUUACUUGAGGCUUCAUAGGGGCCAAAGUUUUGAUGACAUUAGUGAAGGUGUGCUGGAGGACUGUGCUCAGCUUGUGAAAGCUAACUCCAUUCAAGGCAACAAGGUGAACAACGUUGAUGUUGUGUACACUCCGUGGUCCAACUUGAAGAAAACUGCCUCGAUGGAUGUUGGUCAAGUUGGUUUCCACAAUUCAAAGAUGGUCCGGACGAUCAGAGUGGAGAAGCGAGUCAACGAAAUAGUUAACAGAUUGAACAAAACAAAAGUUGAAAGAACACCUGAUCUGAGAGCCGAGAGAGAAGCAGUGAAUGCUGCAGAAAGAGCAGAGAGGAAACAACAUCUGAGGGAGAAGAAGAAACGUGAAGAGAUUGAUAGGCUUGAGAAGGAGAGGCAAGCAGAGAUGAGGAGUUACAAGGGGCUAAUGGUGACUGAUAAAAUGACAUCCAACAAAGACAUUGCUUCAAGCAACAAAUCGCUUCAAGAACUGGAAGAUGAUUUCAUGUAAAAGCUCUGAAGAAAUGAGAAAAAAACAAACCAAGUCGGUAACAUUCAGCCAGAGGUGAUCUGGUACUGUCCUUCAAAGAAGGCUUAUGAUGUUCAUACUAGCCUUAAUUAUGAUGAUGAUGGUUGUCCGGUUUUAUGUUUUUCUUUCAAAAAGUCUUGAAGACCUAAAACCCUAAUCUGGUACUUGGACUACUUGGUCCAUUGAAAUGUUUCAAAAGAUUGGAUCUGAUCUGUGAGAAAAAAAGAGCAUUAUAUAUUCUAUAACA